AUGACGAGUGAAUUUCUUGAAUAUAGUCGUUCACGUGGUAAUGAUCUAUCAACACCACGGAAGUCUACUCAAUUUUCUGGUUUACGUGAUGAUGAUCGUUGGUGUUUAUGUGCUGCCAGUAUGCAAGCAUAUAUUAUUCAUUUUAUUUUCACUUUCGCUUUUUUUCAUACAUGCAUAUCGAUCGUAUUUCCUGAAUGGACAGGCAUAUUCGAUGUCGAUGAGAGUUGUGAUCAAACUGAAUGUUGUUGUAUAUCUAAACGUGCAAUAAUAACGCGACCUGAAAAUACCCGACUUUUAAUCACAGCUAAUGUUGCUGGUGCAGCAUGUCGAGAUAUAGUCAAUACUUCAACUUCAAUAUCAUCAUUAAUUCCUAUUCCUCAAGAAAAAAAUGGUUUUCAAAUAAUAACCAAAUUUCUAAGUAGUGACUGUCGAUUUACAUUAUCUUAUGAUAGCAAAUUUAUUGUUGAUAUUAAUCUACAAUAUCCGAAAUGUAGUGGUACGGGAAUAAGAGUUGAAAACGAGGUAAACACAACACCGUCGAUUUUCUCAUCAUCGAUACUUAUAUUCUUAUCAGUUGUUUUUUCCUUGUGUAUGAAUUAA